UCCAGUAGCAAGAUUUAAGUCAGACUUGGACAAGUUUUUGACUAAAAUUCCGGAUCAACCUUAUAUUCAAGGAUUAGCCAGAUCAGCCAACUCCAAUUCGUUGGUCGAUCAAAUAAUAUAUAUAAAUAAAAGUCAAGUAAAAUAAAUAAUCUUCUCGUCUUGAACUGCUGGGAUUCCAAUCCCGGUAGCGGUAAGGAAGUCCGCACAAAAAAAAAAAAAUAUGGCCACUAUGGGCGUUUCUGGUCGCUUCUAAGCCGUUUCCAAUCACUAUUUGAAUGGAACUACCAUUGUAGUAAAGACCAUCCCAUGCUCUAGUGACCUCCGGAAGUUCUCACACUCGCGCAGUUUGUGGACAGGAAAGAAAUUCUCCUCUUUCCCAAGAUUAAGGCACUAAUUGAAGGGGAUUUCUAGGUCAAUCCAUGGUUCAACAACAGUUCCAUAUCGUGAGAAACGUGCUAGUCAUCGCCAGAAUGCCAGAGGAUCCGGUCACUCAAAACCGAGGAAAAUCUGAGAAGCCAAGAUCCUCUAAACAGGAUGUGGGUGAGAUUGAUUCCGCCUCCAGUCAAGGCCCACCUCCCGUGGCGAUGGGCGGCCCAGAUUCCAACGCUCAUGAGAAGGAUCAGGCUAAAUGGAACCCGUUUUUUCUCUCCAAUCCCGGGCACGCCAUCGCCAUUCGGAUUAAAGAACUGGAUCAAUGUUGCUGUGCCAACGUCCCGUGUAUCUCCAUUGUAAAGGAGUAUUGCGAAUCCAGUUCUCUUCAUGGCCUUCGAUACAUCACCGAGGACGGCCGUCAUUGGACUGAGCGAAUUCUGUGGGUCUUUCUUUGCACCAUGGGCUUUGUGCUCACCAUUUAUUUCAUCUAUCCUAUUUGGGCCAAAUGGAAUGAAAAACCAACAAUUACGACCUUGGAUUCUACGGAUCAUCCAGUAUGGGAGAUUGAUUUUCCAGCUGUAACGGUUUGCCCGGCCAACAAAGUGGUUAGAUCCAAGUUUGAAGAUGUGUACAGAAAACAGGGAUGGAAAAACGACUAUGGAAUAAGUCAAAACAAUUUGAAGCGUUUGAUUGAGAUGAUGGUUCACUUCAAAAGCAUGAAUGGGGUUGAUAUGGACAAGUACCAAGAUCUUCAACAGGUCAUUGAACUCAUUGGAAUGACGAAGCUCACGAAGCUCAUGGCCGAGGUUAUGCCCAGUUGCGAUGAACUGAUUCUUCGUUGUUGGUGGCAAGGCCAGAUCAACAAUUGCGCCAGCAUAUUUGAAGUCCGGAAAACUAAUGAUGGCUUCUGUUGCACCUUUAACGCUAUCAAACUCAGCGAGAGCAUUGAUUUCUCUGUGGUCAAGGACAUCCUGGCCAAGCAUGAUUUAUCCGAGAUUGGAACUCACCGAUUGACGGGUGGGCUUGGCGAGUUCAUGCCCGAGCACAUGCCAGAGGAAAACUUGCAAGUAAGCGCGGUAACAAAUGAAGGUAUUUUUGUGGAGGAGCCCGCUCUGGAAUUGCCUCAAAGAUUAGAUGAACGUGAGGGGGCUGCAAGAAAUUCCUCCGCAACAGAAAAUGAAGCGCAAAUGAGAUUUGGUAGCCCCCAAAGCACCAUCCGUAGACUCAACAGCGCCAACUAUCGCCGAGGACUUACCAUUUUACUGGAUUCCAAAUCUGACGACUAUUUCGUUACAACAGACGAUUUUAUUGGCUUUAAGAUGCUAAUUCAUAGUCCUGAGGCUUAUCCUGAAGUAGAAGGCAACACUUUGGCCAUUGGACCUGGGCAAGAGCUGUUCCUCUCCUUGACCGCUUCACACACCGAUGGAUCCAAAGCCAUCUUGGAUUUUCCAUUUGAAGGUCGGAGUUGCCUAUUUGAGGAUGAAAAAAGCUUUCCUCAAGCUGAGGUGACAAUAUUCAAAGACUAUUCACAAGAAAACUGCCAACUGGAAUGUCGGGCCAAGUUAUUACUUCGAAAAUGUGGAUGCCUUCCUUACUAUUAUCCAAGACUGGAUUUGGUUCUCAAGGAAAGGGAAGAUUUCCAGUUCUUGAAGAACUCAACAUGUAAUUGGGAAGGUCUAAAUUGCUUGGCAAACUCGACAGGCAAGUGCACAUUGCAGUUUGCUCCGAGAAUGUGGUCUAAUUCUAUGGGCGAAUUAAUUUUGUCCCUUAUGCAAACUUGUACGAGUUUAGGCAUCAGCACCAAAAAAAUUAUCGAUGCCAUUUACCCCUUUUCUGACGAUCCCAAUGAUUCGUUUCCCAAGGCCGAGCCUGGUCAAGAAGAUCGGUUACUGAAAGGUGGGGCCGUCUGUAAUUGCCCUCCAGCUUGUGCUCGAACUCACUAUUCAGCCUCUCAAUCAAUGGCCAAGUUCCCAAAUAAGGCCAGCCAACUGAUCCAAGAAAUCCGGGAGGAACAGCUUUUUUCAAGCUCCUUCGAUGUGGAAGACCUCUCUCUGGUCCAUGUGUACUACAAAGAUAUGAAAGUGUUCAAAUACCAUACAGAUGAGCUAUUUUCGUGGGAGAACAUUUUAGCCUCGUUUGGUGGUCUCAUCGGCCUGUGUACAGGCUUCAGCUUUUUGAGUGCAGCCGAAUUGGCGUAUUUCUUCUCACUCCGAUGCAUGUUGCCCAUUUGCCGCAAAAAAAGAAAAGAUAAAGUGGCGAUGAUCAAUGAUUCAGACUUGGUUGUGGUCAAGGUCGAGGAUUAAAUUUACUUUUUAUAUUGCCUCGAUGAAUAUUUUUUAAACUCUCAUUGUCAGGUGUAAAUAAAUAGUCUUACUCUCACGAACCAUAGGCUGUUGUUCCAUUUGAAACUAAUUAGUAAGAGUCCAAUAAUAAUUGAUAGGUUUACAAUGUUGGUGUUUUGCGGCAAUUUUUUCCGAGCA